ACCGGGGUGGCGAGUUUGGGCCAAGCCCCGGGAACGGGAGAAGGAGCGAGUCUGAUUCAGGAAGUCAAGCCUCUGACAUCAGGGGCAGGACGGAGUUGGAGUGAAACCUCAAAAAUGCGAGGCGUCGGCCAGCGGGAGGGCAGGGAACACAGAGGGCGCCUUUCUCGCAGCCGGAGGCAGGUACGCGCAGCGCGGGGCGGCCCCCGCUGACCCUCCACCUUGGCCUGGCCCGCGCGGGACCCGCAGGGGCUUCCAACGAGACACCAGGACCUCGCCCCUGCGCCCGAACGCUGGUGCACUGGCAGCACCCGGCGGACCCCCGAGCGACCACGCCUGCAGGAAGCCCUCCAGUGGACUCAAGGAUUUCCCCCAUUUUGGAGAUGAAGAAGCUGAGGCCCAAAGCAACUGAAUGACCUUCCCGAGGACGCAUACUGAGUGCUAUCCGUGGCAUGCCCAAACCCAAAUCUGGUAGAGGAAUAAGUUACAAGUGGGCAAUUCUGCAACCUGUCAUGCCCAGGCCUUGCUGGUGAGCUGAGAGGCUCCUCUGGUCCCAUCUAGCCUAGCACCAUGGAGAAAAUCAGCGCCUUCUUUAGCGCCAUCUGGGACACCAUCUCAGCCAAACACCAAGAGGGCCUCUUCAACAGCAUCUGUCUAGGCAUCCUCCUGGGGCUGCCCCUACUGGUGACCAUCUCCCUCCUGUUCAUCUGUUGCCACUGCUGCUGGAGCCAGGCAGGCAAAAGUGGCCAACAGCCAGAACGAAACAAGGGGAAGAAGAAGAAGAAAAAGAAGAAGGCUGAAGAAGACCUCUGGAUCUCCGCUCAGCCCAAGCUUCUCCAGAUGGAAAAGAGGCCAUCACUGCCCGUCUAGUUAGACAGGAGGCAGAAGUGUCCUCCCCUGGGGGCUCAGCUGACUUCCAACCACACACAGGGUAGGGAGCAGAAAUCCCUGAAGUGAUGAACUCACAUCCACAGAGGAGCUACUCAACCAAGGAGCAAACCUCAGACUGAGUAUCCCCAUGGAGGGCACUCCCAGGGAACACAUGGACAAGUCUUGGGUGCUGUCUCAGCAUCUAUGUGUCCAAUAGCAAUGCUCUUUACUACAGACUCAGGCAUGCCUUCCACCCACCUCUGGCACAUUCCAUAUGCAAAAGCACAAGGAACAUUUAUCCAUACAUCUUGACAUAUCUCCCAAAUGCACACAUGCACACACACACACACACACACACACACACACACACACACAAAUUGAGGCCACAGGUACCUGGGCAAGUAUAUACUGUUCAUCAAAUGGUCACUGAAUGUCUACUUUGUACAAGGCACUAAACAAGGCAGCACAUUAUCUGCUCUUGGAAAAACAUCUCAUAGGAAAGCCUGGCAGACCCGGGCACACGUGCACAAUUACAUAACCAGACAAGAGGCCUACGUGCUGUCAAUGCCAUACACCACUCAGGUUAGAGAUGUAUGCUCUUCUGUUCCCAUCCCUACAUAGCCUUUUACUGGGGAUCUUCAUAUUAGGACAUUCCAGCAACCUGGUACAGUCCCCGUUCCUGUAUAUUGAUACAGACACACCAAGUUCCUGUGCUUCUGACCUCUCACCUGGGAGGAAAAGUUUAAAGUGUGAUGGAUCAAAAUUCAUCGAAAGCUAUUGUAUUGCAAAUCAUGACAAGGUCCUCAACACCACUGAUGGGUGUUUAAUGUAGUCCAAGACCUCUCUUUGAGAUGCUACCCUCAGAACCACUCAGCAAGGCUCCCUUCUCCAAGCGAGGACAAACGGCUCCUGGUAGUGACCGCUAGGAGGCUAUGGAGACCAGGUGUACGCCAUCCACUUCAGUGGACUACCGCUGUGUACCUGUGCAAUAUAUGUUUCACAGAUGGGAAGGGGAUGCUACCCCUGAGCUAGUGAUCCCCUAUGAAACCAAAGGUUUUCAGCAGGGAAGGAAUUAAGACAAUCACAGGUACAGUCUCACAGAAGGCACACUGGAAACAAUUUCAUAAGGUUGUCAUGGAUGCAUGGUAUGUUGCAGAUGGGAUGCAGAAGUUACAGAGUUUAAAUGAAAGUAGGACGAAGCUAUACAGAGGUUGAUCAAUAUUUAUCUUGAAGCUCAGGCAAGUGCCUUUUGCACACAGUCGGUACUCACAACUGUCUGUGGAUGCUGUCGGAUAUGUGAUGAUGUUAAGGGUAAACUUGUAAUACCUUCCCAAUUCCCCCAAGUGACCUUCUCUUCUAAGUGAGCCCACUAAUGGCUGCAACAGAUGGAAGUUGGGUAUUGAAUUCUGCAGGAGGGGGGUGCAUGCAGGACCAAGGGUCGGGUUGAUAAGUGUGCCCUGAGAGCCAUGAGGACAUGUAAGCUAGGUCCGCCGUUAGUUGAGGAGAGUGUCUUCCCACUGGGCUGAGGUUGGGGGGCCGAAUUAAUCCACUCAUAGGGUGAACUAGUUGGUAUUUUGAUUGUAUUGUGACCAUAUCACAAAGAUGGAUAAUUUCCAACUUGGGAGCAGGUUGGGCUUGAAAAGUUAUUUGCAAAUCUGCUGCGUAGCUCUCUUGAAAUACUUUCCCAAGGAAGCUCUUCUAAAUGGUGGUGAAAUUGCAAUUUAAUUAACAAUGUAGCUAAACUAUGAUAUUUAUAGAAGCAAAAGCUAAAUUCUGAAAGAUUGUGUUCAUGGAAAAAUGUACUCUGUUUGUUCACUUGGGCUAGCUGGUACUCAACUGCCCUCCAGGUAAAGUCCAGGUCUAGUCCUAUGGAGGGGAGGUGUCUGGUAGCGACUGCUGCACCAAGGUCUUCUGACAGAUGACCCCGUGAAGCAUAAUUCAGGCCUGCUUAUAUUUUAAAACCAGUCAUGUUCACCCUCUCACCCUAAGUGGCCUUAAAUACCCUGGGCACGCAGGCUCCUCAUGCAUAAACCUCUUUGACCAGAGAAAGAAGCACCCUCUGAUGCUCUGUCCCCUUGUCAUAUGGAGACUUGUUGUGGAGCAUCUGGCUGUCCCCUUCACAUCCCAGGAUGACUUGUCUUCUCCCCACACAACAUGCAUGUGACUCCCCACAUACCCCGCUGCCCAGCAGGGUGAGUUGUUCUUUCAGUCUCCAACUCUCAGCCCCCGUAAAACAGAUAACUUGAGGGAGACGUGGAGGCUGAUGGCCGAGACUGGUGUCAGAUAUAAUCUAGGAGAGAGGAUGUCCGGGAUCAGGGACCGCACAAGUACCAUGGUUGCCUUGACAACCGGCUGCUAGUCUGAAUUAAGAGAGCAGUCGGUGGUCAUUGCCAUGACAAGGCCUCUGUCUCCAGGGGCAGUGCCCCACUGUCCCCUCACAGAACGGACCUGCUCUACGUCCAGGUAUGAAACACCCAGAAACACACUUCUCAGUUGCUUCUGUACCCAGGUUUGGAGACCCAAACCCUGAAAGAGGCUUAUCUUUUUCCCACCCAACCUCCCCGAAAACCUUCACUGGAGUACCCAGAAUAGUGCCGGAGUGUGAUACGCCCGCAAAUUUUUGUGGAAUACGUGGGCGCGUGAAAGGAGCUCAAAGCAAUCAUUGGAGUCCACUACCUUUCCUUCCCACUUCAUUCUCAUCUUUCUCUCCCCUGUUUUCUUCUCUCAUUCCCCUCCUCUCUGGGCACCACCCUGGCUCCAUUCCUCUGUCCCUCUCCAUUUUUACUCCUUCCCAGCCUCUGUCCCAGAACUGCCACUGGCAGCCAGGGGUGCCUCAGGACUGAGCCUGCUUGGUCCAUCUUGGGGAGGUUAAGCUAACAGAGGGCAAAAAGGAUGCCAAAGAAGAGGCCUCCUAAACCAGCCCAGUCUGGGGGAGGAGCCCCCAGGCCCAGGACUUCUGAAUGGUCAGAAGAGGUCUUUCUCCCCCUGCUUAAUGGAUUCGCUUUGGGUUUCUUGGGGGGAGGGGAAGAUGUAGAAAAAAGGGCAGUUACCUCUUCAGGAAGAAUACAAAUGGUCCAAGUUGUAUAGUAUUUGUCAGUAUUUUUUUUUUCUGGAAAAUUCAA